AUGCCUCCCAAAGGAAAGAAUGGAGAAGCCAACACCAUCAUCGAAUACUUGAGGAGAACAAACCGGCCAUACAGCGCACUGGACGUAUUCAACAAUUUGAAACAGGAGAAGGAGAUUCAAGCUCUCGUUAAUGAAGACUCAUAUAAUCGCCCUUUAUUAGCCAAGAACAAUGUCCAAAAAGUCCUCACUACACUAGUUGAAGAAGGCAAGAUAUCUGGCAAACAGUAUGGAAAACAAUUCGUCUACGUAUGUCGACAAGACGAAUUCGAGACACCAUCAGCUGAAGAAAUGGAAGAGAUGGAUGCCAACAUUGAAAAGAUUAAAGAGACGAUUCUUGCUAUCAAGGAGGAGAACAAGACUUUGACUGCUGAAUUGGCAAGUCUCAACAACUCGAUGACUGAUGAUCAAAUUCGAGAACGAUUGAAAGUGCUUGCUGUGGAGAAUGGCAAAGCAGGAGAACGAUUGAAAUUAUUGAAGAAUGGUGCCAAAUUGGUGAAUGACGAUGAUCGACGCAAGAUUGAUCAAGACUUUGACAUGUAUCGGAAGUAUUGGCAAGUGAGAAGACGCAUGUUCCGUGAGGCAUGGGGUACAGUGACAGAGAAUUUACCAGACAAGCCAGCUGAAUUGAUGGAAAAGCUGGGGAUUGAGACUGAUGAGAUGCAUGGAAUGGAUUUCAAUCGAGAUUGGACUGCUGAUCUUUGA